AUGGUAUUCGGGCUCAAGUCCAAGGAUCGGAAAACAAAUGAUCUGGAAAGCAGUAAAUGUAGGUGUAAUUAGCUUUCAAAAAUAUUUUUAGACAAUAAACGGGUCUUUGGUGUAAGUUUAAGUAUUGCGGUGAGGAAUGGUGCAGUUUCGAGUUCAGUCCAUGUCCCGAGAAUUGUCUGGGAAUGUGUGAGUCAUGUUAAUCAGCAUGGUAAGUGACUGUUCUUGCUUUGUAGUUUAUGUUUAGGACUUUUGGUGGAAGGGAUUUAUCGGAUAUCGGCGUCGAAGGCCCGAUUGGAUGAAUUGGAGAAGCUAGCCGACUCUGGGAGUCCGAUUCAAUUCACAGACGCCCAUAAUGCUGCUGGAUUGUUGAAGAGAUUCCUUCGACAGUUACCUAGUCAUGUGCUCGGAGACAUUAGAAAGGGCGCUGAAGAGACCGCGAGUUGUAAGUGGCCAAGAUUUUUGUGUUAUAUUUCGUUGUUGUAAUUGGAAUUUCUCGUGGUUUAAUAUAACGUGAUUUCUACCUUGAUUUCUAUGCUUUUUUCUUUCAGCUUGCCAGUGUAAUUUCGAUAGUCCAUGCCGGUGUGAUGCUGUGGUACAAGUUUCUAAGCUUUUGAAAGAGUUGCCCAUUGAGAAUUAUCAUUUGUUAUGCAUAGUGUUUAUCCACGCUCAAUUUGUUGUUCAAAAUGUAAGUUUCAUGCGUCAACCGAAACUUUGUUUUUAGAGUAAUGUUAACAAGAUGAACUUUGCGGCGUUGGGAGUGCUGUUACAAGCGAUGUUAAACAUGCCAAAGCAGCUAAUUCGAUUAUUUUUAUUGAACGCCUCGUCUAGAUUCUGUGGCGAAGGAGAAACGGUAAGUAUUUAUACUAUAAAAUAAAUUAUGGCUAAUUACAGAUAAAGGAGCUGUUCGGUGAUUCCGUGAUAACCAGGUAA